AUGAUCAUCUCAACGGUUUCCAAAGGCAAAGAUGUCCCGCCGCAGGAGCUGUUUCGGUAUAAUUACGGCCGAUUCCUGGUAAAUGAGGACUACGAACAGGCCAAGCGCUACUCAACCUUCGAUAUCGAUGCCCUCUGUCAGAUGGUGGCGGCGCUACCCACCGUGCAGUCGCCUAUCAUCAAGAUCGACAAGAGAGAAGGCGGAUACAACAAGGCAUUGAUGAUGACCGCAGAGAACGGAGGUGAAGUCAUUGCAAAGAUCCCCUGUGGAAACAUCGUGCCACGCGAAUAUGGCACCGCGUCCGAGGUCGCGGUUCUACAGUUCGCUCGCUCGCGCACUCCCGUCUCCACAGUAUUGGCAUGGAGUGCAGAUCAAUCGAAUCCCGUGUGCUCGGAGUACAUUGUGUUGGAAAAGAGUCCCGGGCAGCAACUCACCCACGUCUGGGAUACGGUGUCCGAGUCUGACCGGAUGCAGUUGAUUCGAGGUUUUGCCCAGCUGGAAAGUAGCCUGGCCACUAUCCAGUUCCCGGGUUAUGGUGCAUUGUUCCUGCGCCACGCACUGCCGCCAUCGCUCAAGGAAGAUCCCAAUCGGACCAUCGCAGUUGACGAUGACUACUGCCUCGGCCCACUAUAUCAUGGCUCCUGGCCGGGGGGUUUGCCGCGGAUCCGGAAGAGGAGGACCUUGCCCGAUUUAGGACGAUCACUGGCGCAGCAGGGCAUCUUGCAGGUCCGCAACUACAAGACUUCGUAUGCAGGUCGCGGGCCGCAUUACGGCGGGCCCGAGGAGCAUCUCCAUAUGCUGGAGCGAGCGAUGGAGGUGAUGCCCAUUCUGGCCGAGUCUCACAUGCUGCAGCGCCACUCGCAGGGUGUAUUGUGUCAUCCUGACUUCCAUCCGGGCAACAUCUUCGUGUCCAAAGAAGAUCCGACAGUGAUCGAGGGGGUGAUUGACUGGCAGUUCACCAGGAUCAUGCCGCGGUUCACGCAGGUGCGGUGGCCACUCGUCCUCAACCCACCCGAAGGAUACCAAACAGGGAUGGCCAACCCCGAGCUGCGGCCAAAGUACGACCGUGAGGCCAAACCGCACGACCAGGAGCAGGCGCAGCGGCAGGAGCAAGCCAUGCACACCAAAUGCUACGAGGCGGCGCUAGUGAAAAGCCAUCUGGAGUCGUACCUCACUCUGACCGAGACGGACGUCUCCAUCCGACAGCUCUUUGUUGGUUGCCCAUACACCUACCGUGAUGGUAUCGUACCGCUGCGCGACAGCCUCAUCCGUAUUCAACAACAGUGGAACCGGCUGGGUCUUCCCGGUCAGUGUCCGUACCGGUUUACAGACGAGGAGAUUGCCGGGCACGAGGUCCAGCUGCGCGAAUACCAGGACUGGCUCAAGCUACGCGAGUACACGCACCAGAUGCUGCAGUCGAAUGACGGCGGGUGGGUGCCACCCCCACGUGGACUUCCACAAGGCGCAGAUCAAGCACGAGAAGCUGUUCCAGCAUUUUGUGGAUUCAAAGAAGGCGAAGAUGUCGACGGAGGAUGCACGGAAGCUGUGGUUUUUUCGCGACCGGGAGUAGAGCCGGUAGAGUAG